AAUUCAUCAGUAAUUGCAGGAAACAUUGCUCUGUUGACUAAUUGCUCUGGAAGAAACGAUUAUCUUCAGUUUGUAGUCCAGACGUCUGUGCUUUGUCCAAAUCGUUUGGAAUGGCGUCUUUCAGUAGACAACAUGACAGCAUUUUGCACAAAAACAGUGGCCAAAGAAUACAUGUACAGAUGUGCAAUUAGGCUAAAGCCUGCUGUGUCAGGUGUAGCAAUCACUUCGUCUUCUCGAUAUUGCCAAAACAAUAUUAGACUCUGGAAGAGAUUUGAGAAUGGCAGUGAAGUGAAUGCAUAUCUAAAUCUGUCUCCUUCUGGGACAGAUACCAGAGACUCUUGCAGCUUUGUUGUAGACUUGAACGACAUAUGCCAUGUAUCCCUUGUUUACUUCUACGCUAAUGCAUCUCCUCAACUCAUAUCAAUCAACGGAUCGUCUUUCCUUCAACUUGGUCUCUGCAGUGACUCCAAUAGACCACUUCGCUCUGUUUGGUGGUUUUGGGUAGCUAUAGUUUUAGGUGCUCUCUUUUUGGCCAUCAGUUCUUAUAUUGUAUAUCGAUAUUGGUCUGCAAUUUCCAAGUUUCUACACCCAACUAGAAAAGGAUACGAAGUUCUUGAAAGCAGAAAAAAUUCAAGUGAGGCAGUCGAAGAUUGCGAGACCGUACGGACUUCUACCCGCAAAGCUACAAAUGCUAAAACUCCCAAAAGUUUCCUAUCUGCAUCUAAUCAAAUAGCAAGAGAUACCGAUGCAUCUUUAAUGGCCGGGCGAGCAGAAGUACAGAGUGCGGCAGACAAUGGCUAUCAAAGAGUAGAAAUCGGAAUAAAUCAAAGCGAUGGUUGGCUGAAUGAAAACUAAAUGACUCAAUCAAACAACACUGCUUUAAGAUUAUGUUUGACAACAAGCUAGCCUAAUUGCUACAAUUGGUACUAGCUGUUACAAAAUUGACUUGGUCCGUACUACUGCUUAGUACUUCAGCAAUAUGUGAAAAUAAUGUACAGAAUUACUAUACGUGGGUUUUUGCUUAGCUUUGGCUAGAUUGCAAUUUGGCUAGAUGUUAUGUAGCCUGUGACUUUUACAGCAUGACAUUUGCUUCAUUAAAUGGUAGCAAUUUCUGAUCAACAAUUGACUUAUGAAUUGUGCAGCACAUACCAGUAAUCCUAUUUGCAUACGUGUUGUUCUAAGUGUGUGUGAGUGCGUGAGUGUGUGCUUAUGUGCGUGUAUGUGUGUGUGUGUGUGUGUGUGUGUGUGUGUGUGUGUGUGUGUGUGUGUGUGUUUGUUUGUGACUGCCGUCUGUAUCUCAAUUGGUUAGAGCAUGCAUUUGGAGAAUAAGAACAUUCUGAAACUUUGGGUCAUGAGUUCAAGUACGGGAUGGGUACAGGCGUAAUUCCCUUAAUUAGGCAAGGAACUCACACGCAUUUGCCUCUCGACUCAGGAGUAUAAAUGAGUAUCUGGUCAUUGUCUGGGGGAGGACAAGACCGCUGACUUGGCGGAUCAUCACGCAGCACUGGUACGUGUAGGCAUGAA